CCUUUAAGACUAGGCAUGCGUAUUCGAAGGUUCUGGUUUCGGCUUUAGUGUUUUUGUGUAAAUCAAAAACAUUGUUGACGCGUAUGGCGCCUUAUUGAAGAUGAUCGUGACUUUUUUCAUUAAUUUUUGUAUUCUUGUUGCUGUAGCAUGGAGUAAACAAGAAUGCGGUCGACCCCCGCAGAGUCGUGGGGUAACAUUUCACAUUGGUGACUCUGCUGAUCCCGCGUUUUACGACAAACUGACAUUCCCGCAUGGGCAACGCAUUCAGUACCGAUGCAGGGAAGGUUUCCACACGGCAUCGUACAGAUGGUUCAUGAUUGAAUGCAACGAUGGGACCUGGACAAAUUUGACCUUACAAUGUGAAGUUCUGGUUAAGACCCAUCAAGGUCAAACGAGGCAACCACAGCCAUGUCAAUCAAUUGCAAAUGGAAGGAUUAUAGACGAUACGGUGGUAUGUAAUGACGGCUUCAGUCUGCAUGUAGAGAGGCGACAAUGCACAUGCAACCGUGUUGACGGAUCUUUGAAAUGUAAUGAUGUCACAAUGGCUUGCAAACAAGAGCAAAAUAAAUGCGUUGUUCCGGAAAGCCCGGGCUACACAUACAUGUCUCUUGACGGAGGUCGCGAGUUACGGAAGGGUGCGACUGUACCCAGUGGUACAAGGAUCCGUGUGGUUUGUCAGAGCAGAGGGAACGCAGUUAAUGGCGAUAUAUUGGCUGAGGUAGAUGGACAAGAUGACGUCAUUCAAUGCGUUGAUGGAGUGUUCGCAGACCACAAUCUGAAGUGUGGUACAGAUGGAUGUCAAGUGCCUUCGGUGUUUCAUCCCCAACUUUCUGUUUACGACAUUUCCUCGCAAAGAAAAUACGUGUCUGGCAGCUCACUUUACAUAAGACAAAAUGACAGUCUUGUUUUCAAUUGUGAAUCAUUCGGAGAUACCGUCUAUGAACCUCACCGGCGAUUGUUCGCCUGUGACCACGGCUCCUGGGUCGUUCAACAAAGGCCAACUGAUGAGCCAUGGAGCUUUGAAAACAACGGGUCCUUCCCCAUAUGUCGUCAAGUUAAUUGCCCAAGCGGUCAUUGCAAAUUUGGUGGACACUGUAACCGGGAUUUUGAAUGCGAAUGCCCAGCACAAACUGUUGGAAGAAAUUGCGAGAAACCAAUGUGCCUGCAAAAAUGUGAGAACGGUGGCCUCUGUGUGGCACCUAAUACAUGCCAAUGUUCUGAUGGAUUUCAAGGACGAAACUGCGAACAAGCGACAGCCACGAAACAAUGCACUUCAAUAGCUAAUGGGAAGAUAACAGACCGCGGGAGGUCCGUUGAAUGUGACAGCAACUACAGUCUAGUGUUCAUCAGUGGAAUGGACGCCAGUUUGUACAUGAGAUACUCGUGCACGUGUGACAAAACGUCCGGUACCUUCAGUUGUUUGGGUUCCAAUGUGGCGUGCAAACCAAAUGGAUGCCCAAUACCUUCAUACUUACAACAAGGGUUCACUUUAUAUGACUACACGUCACGUCAAUACAUCUCUUGGGCAAACCGUUAUGAAAUUCCGAGCGGAGAUGUGUUAAAUUUCAACUGUGAACCAUCUAAUGACGUAUACUACGAGCCACGUCAGCGAAUGUUUGCCUGUGACAAAGGCUUCUGGGUUGGAAAACAAAAGUCCGGUGAAGAAUCAUGGAGUUUCGAAAAUAACGGGACCUUCCCUGCAUGUCGACCAGUCAUAUGCCCCGGAAAUUACUGCAUGUUUGGCGGUCACUGCAUUAGAGAUUUCCAGUGCCAAUGCCCACAACACACAACCGGUCAACAUUGUGAACAGGCUCUGUGCGGCGAUGGCUGUUUGCAUGGGGGAAGCUGCUCCGCGCCGAACAAGUGUACAUGCCCAGAUGGAUAUGAGGGGCCCCAUUGCCAGCAAGCGUCGUGUCGAGGCGGUUGUUUGCAUGGAGGAAGCUGUAUCGCACCAGACACGUGUCGAUGCCCGAAUGGAUAUGAAGGGACAAGUUGCCAGCAAGCGGUGUGUCGUGGUGGUUGUUUGCACGGAGGAAGCUGUAUUGCACCAGACACGUGUAAAUGCCCAUAUGGAUAUGCGGGGACACGUUGCCAGCAAGUGAUCGACUCUUGUACAAUCGCAAAUGGGAAGAUCACAGACCGUGGGAAGUCCGUUGAAUGUGACACCAACCACACUCUGGUGUUCAGCAAUGAAAUGGACUCUAGUUUGUACUCGAGAUACUCGUGCAAGUGUGCCACAACUUCCGGUACCUUCAGUUGUUUGGGUUCCAGUGUGGCGUGCAAACCAAAUGCAUGUCAUUUACCGUCCACAAUUGAACAAGGAAUGACUAUAUUAGAUCUUCCCAACCGCCGAACCAUUACUGGUUCAACCCAUUCGGAAAUCAAACACGGACAGUCUCUUAUGUUCCAUUGUCAACCAAACGGAGCCAACUUUAACGAGCCACACCAACGUGUGUUUCUUUGUGACAAAGGCUCCUGGAUUGCCAGGCAACGAAACGAUGCGGAAAGAUGGAGUCUUGGUAACAACGGUGCCUUUCCAACGUGCCGACCAGUGAAGUGCCCUGCUGGCUAUUGCGAGAAUGGUGGGUACUGCAAGCAAGAUUUCACGUGCGAAUGUCCGGAUGGUACGACUGGAGGACGAUGUGAAGUGAAAGAUGAUUAUUAUUUGUAUGAACAUAAUGAACCUGAUUAUGUGUAUUCACCAUGAGUUCCAUAUUUAACGCGCAACAUGUUA